CUCCCCACAUCACUGAUAUCAGUUCUAAACAUGAAAGGAUUGAAUUUCACUGGUACUUAACGAUACACAGUGAUACACACAAUUUAAAGCAACAUCGAUGUUGCCUAGUACACGCCUGUGUUCUUAUUGCCUGAUUUUACAGAUAAUGAAACAUUUAAACAAAUUUUUUAGGCAUAUUGAAAACGUUACAAGUUGGUGUGUGGAACAUGUAAAGAAGGGGGGCUACUCUCACCGGGAAGAUAUUUUGUUGACAAAAUAGCAGACGAUGAAUAAUAGUGCAGACUUUUGGCAUUCUGUUGACUUUCUAAGUCGUCAGUUGUGUGUGGAGUGGCAGCAAUCAAAAAGAAGAGAAACUCCGAAGGAUGCUCAGUGUGGACAAUCGGGUUUGUUCGUCAGUCAAAGGCAUGACGUUCUAAAGAAGAUUGAAAAGGUUAUCCUUAAAAUGACCCAAUCUAUAUCGGAGGGUGACGCACCAGUCUUCAGCUAUCCAAACAAAUCGUCAUGGGACAGUGUCAGGUUUGAAAACGGCAUCGGUAUUGAACCUGCAAGAGAUCAAAAGUUGUCUCAUGUACGAUUCGACAGUCUCCAAUCGGUAAAGAAGUUUGGUUUAAUGACAAGAAUACUGUCCAUCAUCUAUAACCUCAUUCAGCAGAAUAAAUAUUGUACCAAACGCGAUCUUUACUAUCAAUUUCCGGAGUUGCUGGGGUCGCAGACAACUUUGGACAAUCUCGUUGACAACGUGGCUUGUCUGCUGGAAACACCAAGAUGGGAUCUCCAUGUGCUGGCCACAUGCAAAGGCAGUGUUGCUGGCGACCUGCAGUUUUACAGCGACCAGGGACACUUCGUUGACUGUAGCGUCUCCCAGACAGGAGUCCCAGUUCCAGCUCAUAUGAAGGACAUGCAGAACAUGACAACGGGUGCUAGGUUUGUCCUCAUUGUGGAGAAGGAUGCGACGUUCCAGAGGCUGCUAGGGGACCAGUUUUGUCACAAGUUCCGGCCGUGCAUCAUGGUUACCGGUAAAGGCUUCCCGGACCUGGGGACCAGGCUUCUGUUGAGGGCUCUGUGGGACAGGUUCCAGCUCCCCAUGUUUAUUCUGGUCGAUGCAGACCCUCACGGUAUAGAGAUCAUGUGUGUCUACAAAUUCGGAUCAAAGGCACAAGCGGCAGAAAACAGAUUCCUGGUUGUACCAAACAUGAAGUGGCUCGGGAUUCUACCAACGGACCUGGACGGCAGGCUUAAUAUCCACGAGUCGGUGUUUAUACCCUUCACCAAGAAGGACAUGGACAAAGCGUCGGAGCUGAUAGGAAGACCGUAUGUGCUGGCAAAUCCACCCAUCGCCACACAGGUUCAACACCUACUGCAGCUGGGUUGUAAGGCUGAAAUCCAGUGCCUGGACUCCCUGUCUCUUGUAUAUCUCUGUGAUGUCUACCUGUCAUCGAAACUCAAGUGUGGAGCUUGGCUCUAACUCGGAACCUAUGUGUGAUGUCUAAACUCAAGUGUGAGGACUGGCUCUAAUUCGCUAGACAACAGAAUCUGUGUGUGAUGUAGACAUCAACAAUCCACAUGUCACCUGGCUUAUGCCCAUGUGGUCGGCAACUCCGAUAUCCAGUGUGAUAUGCCUGGUUUUUGAACUGAGACAUCCAACUAACUAUUAAAUGUUGUCUCCUUCUCUGGAGUAUGUCAUGGUUGUCUAGUUUCAGUAGGCUCUGUGGUGAGUUCCUUCCUUCAAUACACUUUGUGAGUGAAGGUUGUUAUGUAGCAAUAUUCGUCUUUUCUGCUGUGGCCAGUAAGUCAGAUUUACACUUGGAAUCAAGGAAACGCACUUUUUACGAACGUAUUCAGAAUGAUAUUGUGAGUUCUCGACCGUAACUCGGUUAGUGACUUGAAUCUCUAGGAUCGGUGUUAAAUGCCAGAUCGCACUCAAAGCAGCCUCUACAAUGAACUAAGCAUAAGUCGACUUAUCCCACUUGAUGCAUGAUAAUAUUAAGUGAUCUGUUACAAGCACAUAACAACAGAUAAGAUAGGGCAGAUUUGGAGUAGGGUACUUGACUCUUGUAGCCUUUCCAUGGGAAUAUAUGCUUGAACACGAUACAAGAGGGUGAACCAGGGCCCGCUAAUACACGGGUACACAGUGAAACGGGGCUCAGACCACAAACACCGUGGCAUUGUAGAAACAAUGUUUAUUGAAUGACAACGUGAAAUCGCUAGUUUAUUGUAUAAUGUCCCAAUCUGUUCCAAAUCAUAUUAUGUAAAUGCAAUAAAAAUCAAUCUCAAUGAGGGAUUGAAACAGUUGGAGGAGCUAUGGCUUCAAAUGCUGCGUCAAAUUAAUUCCUGUAGGGUUACUUCCCUUUGAUUAAGCGUGUGCCAAUCAUUUCUUCUGGGGUGAAGAGUCUUGAUACAAACCUCUUCAUUCCGUAACGAUGAUCGAGGUUGCAGUGGUCGGUAUAAUGGUUUCAAAUAAAUAAAUCUGACACGUAUAUUAAAAGAUUGAUGUACCUGAAAGACCGCCCAUCAAGAUCAUUCUGCAUGAUGAAUAGGUUUUCUCUGUCAAAAUGCAAAAAAACUUCCAUUUUACGAGUUAACGGGGUGUCAUAAUUCAUGUCGACAACAAGAGGCGUUGCACCCGUCAGGCUCAACAUAUUUAUCAUAUAGCAGCACGACAGGUAUAAAUAAAUUACCUUCGCGUUAAAACACCUCUACCUGUCUGUAUUGCAGGACACAGCGUGUAUAGGAUGAGUGUUACAUCACUGUGGUACUCUUUGUAUUUUUGUUACCAACAUUCAAAACCUCACGACAGUGACCAGCUGACUACCGAGUUUCCAGAUGAUGAUGCGGUACUGAGUGAUUCGCUAUCAGAUUAACAUGUGUUAAUAUGUUGUGUACAUUUUACCAUCAACACAAUGCAGAUGUUAAACCUGAGUGACAGUUGUUGUCAAAGUUCAACACACGAUUUGCAUCGGACUUUACAAAAAAUAUGUCCACAUGCUUGAACCAGCAGUAUUGUUGGUACACAAAAGGACUAACAAACAUUGUGACAGUUAGAAUCUGACAACUUCCUGGUACAGCCAAGUCCACCCCUAUACCAUCUCCAUCAAACCAGUGCACAGAUCAUGUCGCUGUUGGGUUUCCAAUGAGCUCCACAUCAUUUGCAAUAAAGAAAUCGUUUGGGUAAUUGAUCACGUUUCAGUGAGGAGAAUUACACCACUGCAUCUGUAGUUGUGUUUAAUUUUAUCUCUUUAAAACAUUCAUUUGUAACAUAUGU